GAAAGGAUGGCGCUCUGACAGCCGGGCUGGAGCCCUCGGCGUCCCCACCCCGCGGCUCUGGCCCGUUCCCCGGCCGUUCGGUCCGCCGAGAUGGAGUCCACAGCCUACCCCCUCAAUUUGACCUUAAAGGAGGAGGAGGAGGAAGAGGAGAUUCAGAGCCGGAAACUGGAGGAUGGCCACGUGGAUAUGCAGAAAGUGCGAAUCUGCUCGGAGGGUGGAUGGGUCCCAGCCCUGUUCGAUGAGGUGGCCAUCUAUUUUUCCGAUGAGGAAUGGGAAGUUUUGACGGAGCAACAAAAGGCCCUCUACCGGGAAGUCAUGAGGAUGAAUUACGAAACUGUCCUGUCCUUGGAAUUCCCAUUCCCUAAGCCAGACAUGAUCACACGACUGGAAGGGGAGGAGGAGUCUCAGAAACGCAAAGAGUGGCCGCUCCAGAGAGGAGCCUUCGCAGAGAACGAAGACUCCGACAUGAAGUCUCCAGACUGGGUGGGCUCCGCUAGUGCUACCUCCCAGUUUCCCCGCACCUCGCCCUCACAUCUGCGUCUGCCUGGGGACCUUGCCGAGCUGCCUGAGUGGAGCGAGGGCUACCCCUUCUACAUGGCCAUGGGCUUCCCUGGGUACGACCUCUCAGCCGACGACCUUGCCGGGAAGUUUCAGUUCAGCCGGGGCAUGCGCCGCAGUUACGACGCCGGGUUCAAGUUGAUGGUGGUGGAGUAUGCUGAGAGCACCAACAACUGCCAGGCUGCCAAGCAGUUCGGGGUGCUGGAGAAGAACGUCCGAGAUUGGCGCAAAGUCAAGCCACAGCUACAGAAUGCCCACGCAAUGCGGCGGGCCUUCCGGGGCCCCAAGAAUGGGAGGUUUGCUCUGGUGGACCAGCGUGUGGCCGAGUACGUCCGGUACAUGCAGGCCAAGGGGGACCCUAUCACCAGGGAGGCAAUGCAGCUGAAAGCUCUCGAAAUUGCCCAGGAGAUGAACAUUCCCGAGAAAGGGUUCAAGGCAAGCUUGGGCUGGUGUCGGAGGAUGAUGCGGAGGUAUGACCUGUCGCUGCGGCAUAAAGUGCCCAUGCCGCAGCACCUGCCAGAGGACCUGACCGAGAAGCUGAUCACCUACCAGCGGAGCGUGCUGGCGCUGCGGCGGACCCAUAAGUACUCGGUUGCUCAGAUGGGGAAUGCAGAUGAGACUCCCAUUUGCUUAGAGGUGCCGUCUCGGGUGACUGUGGAUAACCAGGGCGGGAAGCCCGUGUUGGUCAAGACCCCGGGCAGGGAAAAACUGAAAAUCACAGCCAUGCUCGGUGUCUUGGCCGACGGGAGGAAGCUCCCACCAUACAUCAUUCUGAGGGGCACGUACAUCCCCCCUGGGAAAUUCCCCAGCGGGAUGGAAAUCCGCUGCCACCGGUACGGGUGGAUGACCGAGGAGCUGAUGCAGGACUGGCUGGAGGUAGUGUGGAGGCGGAGGACUGGCGCAGUGCCCAAGCAGCGAGGCAUGCUGAUCCUGAAUGGCUUCCGGGGCCACGCCACCGACUCUGUGAAGAGCUCCAUGGAGAGCAUGAACACAGACAUGGUCAUCAUCCCGGGGGGCCUGACCUCGCAGCUGCAGGUGCUCGACGUGGUGGUCUACAAACCGCUCAACGACAGCGUGCGGGCCCAGUACUCCAACUGGCUGCUGGCUGGGAACCUGGCGCUGAGCCCAACCGGGAACGCCAAGAAGCCACCCCUAGGCCUCUUCCUGGAAUGGGUCAUGGUGGCCUGGAAUAGCAUCCCCAGUGAGUCCAUCGUGCAAGGGUUCAAGAGGUGCCACAUCUCCAGCAACCUGGAAGAUGAGGAUGACGUCCUGUGGGAGAUCGAGAGUGAGCUGCCGGGAGGCAUGGAGCCACCCAGGGAGUGUGAUGUGGAGAGCAUGGCCGAGAGCAACUGACCGGAGCGUUGAGCAAAAGCAACGUUGAUGGCAGCUACCAUAUUGGGGAAGAAAAUCCUCUAGAAGAUUCUUGGCAGUGGGCAAAGCAGGAAAAGGCUGUGGUGCCCCAACAGCUUGAGCUUGGACAGCAGCCUGUGCUUCCUCUCCUGGGGACACAGCCCAAUCCCACACACUCGAGGUCACACGCAUCUAGGAUCCUGAUCACCAGAGAGGAAACGGCGUCUGCCUCACUCGGUUUGAAGGAGUCCCUGCGUGCCCACCCAUCCCAAGGACCCUGUAAAUAGGAGGCACGAUCCUGCCAAGAGACUGCUCAGUAUCAACAAGAGACUCAUCAGCAGGCACAGCUCUGCUGGUGUCCUGUGUGCACAAAGCCCCCGUCAAGUGUUGUAUCCUGCUUUUGAAAAUGCUUCCAAAGGUAGACUUUGCUCUCACACUAAGACUGCAGAGAAGGCUCUGUAGAAACCUUGUGUUGGUUCGCGUGUGUCCACCUGCUAUUAACACGUCUCCUUUUUGGGAAAAACUAACAUCUCUCUUUGGGAGAUGCUAACAUAACAAAAUUAAGACAUACUGGCCUGGUGCCAGCAGGUGUUUUUUCUAUAGAGAAACUAGGUUAGUGUGGAAGAUGGAGGUUAAAAUAAACCAUGCUGUUUAUUUAUCUUCCCAAUCUGGUCGGCAGCUAGACUUUAUUAGGGUCUUGUUUGAUGCCCUCCUCCUCUUUUUUUCCCUCCUUAUAUUUAAUGAUAGGACAGCAUUUAAUACACAGCUCCUCUGUUCUCAGGCUGCCUGCAGAAGUCACCAUAAAUGAUCUGCUGUCUACUUUGGUGCGAGGCCAUAGGACUCAUCUGAUACUUGUUAAUUUCUUUACUAUUUUCAUCACAAAGGUGUUGGGAGGGCUUGGGCUUUGGGCCACAGCUAUUUCAGGACUUGGUAUCUUCUACUCUAUUGGAUGUUGAAUUUUUACACUAAAUAGUCAUUUGCAUUCCCAUAUAAGUGGAAUGUUAGAAAAACAUUCCCUCAAAACUAUCUGCUACUAAAGUAUGCCCCAUAGAUAAAGCCAAUGCUAGAAAUGUUACUCCAGUAGCAAAUCUGCAUAGCAGCAGCUUACCCUAACCACUUCCUGUAGAUGCAGAUCACCUCUGUACCAUCAAACUGUUCUCAGCAUCUUGAAAGACCAGUUUCUACUCAGGUACUCAUUUCCUUGUUAGUAAUUCGCCUUUCUGGUUUUCUUUUUUUAAACCAGCCGUCCCCUGCCUCACAAAGGGAGAGAUUUCAUUCAACUUCUAGUAUCUGAACCUACUUUAAUAUUUUACUCCCAUUUGCUUUUGCCUGUAUUAUAUUGUUGGUCAUCUCCACCUCAGAAAACCACCCACUUUCCAUUUCACAAACCUCUCUUCCCUCCAGCUUUCCCUAAUCCUCAACUGCCUUCGUUCCUAGCCCUUUCCUCUUUGUCUUACUUCAUUUGCUUGGGAGCUUAAAGGAUUUUACAAGACCUGAUUUCCGGUUCCUAUGUCGGAGCCAUAGUUACCUUGCUGAAAAGAGUAGAAAGUGGGCUUGACUCCUUGAUUCCACCACCAACUUCUUGAGUCUCAUCAACUGAUAGAUAAUGCCUUGCAGGUUGCGUAGCACUGGAACUUUCUAGAGUGAUGAAUGGCUCUACUGUCAGGGUUUUUCUGGGCUCAGUCUCUCCUGAAUUAUACACUGUGCCUACUAGAGCCCCAAUACAACUAUAUUGCAGAAUGGCUAUGACCCUAGAGUUACUAUAGCACAUAUUGAGACAGUAGUUUUACUCUCCAGUAGAUAGGAACUCACCCCAACAAUAAAGUUUGAUAAUAAAGACAA